CAACUACAAAAACCAAAAAAAAAAAAAAAGGUAAACAAAGAAAAACAGAGACUCAUCUGGUAAAGUCUGGUGAGUUUGGGAAGAAGCUAAAGACAAUGGCAAGCCUCACUUCUUCCGUUGCUCGUCUUAAUCUUCUUCUCAAGCCUUCACUCGCAGCCAUCUCCACUGAGCCUAUCUAUGGUGUUCCCCGGAUGAGUAAGAGAAGCAGUGGAGUGAAAUGCUCGAUGGAGACAAAGCAAGAAAAGAGUUCAACGGCGGGUGCGUCUGCGGUUGCGGCUAUGUUAACGGCGGUGAUGAGUAGUAGCCCAGCAAUGGCGUUGGUGGACGAGAGGAUGUCUACGGAAGGAACAGGACUACCUUUUGGUCUGAGCAAUAACCUCUUAGGUUGGAUUCUGUUUGGUGUGUUUGGUUUGAUCUGGGCUCUUUACUUCACCUACACUUCUUCCCUCGAUGAGGAUGAGGAUUCUGGACUUUCCCUCUAAAAAAACUUGCACUCUGUUUCUCUCCUUUUCCAGUGAACAUAAGUGUGAAACAAUAAAUUGCUCUGUAUUUUGUGAAGUUGACAAAUCGUCUCGCAAUUCUGUUUUUGACCUGGAUUCAAUAAAUGUAUUGCGUCAA